CCCCGCCCCCCGAAGCAGUUCCGGUUCGGCUGGCCGCUGCUGGCGGCGCAGCGCCUACGGGGUCGGAGCGAUGCCCGCGCGUAGCCGAGCUGGCUCCCGCCUGCGCUCCGGCUCCCCUCCCCGGACUCUGCGUCUGCCUCUCGAGGCGCAGCUCUCCGCCAACGCGCCGAGGACUCCGGACUCCGACGGCGCCCCGGACGCCGGCUCCGAGCUGGGUCCGGGCAGCUCGGCUCCCACCGCGGAGGCGGUGGAGAAAGAAAUGGCAGGCCCCAGUCAACUCUGCAUUCGCCGCUGGACUACCAAGCAUGUCGCAGUGUGGCUGAAGGGUGAAGGCUUCUUGGAAUAUGUGGACGUUUUAUGCAACAAACACCGGCUUGAUGGAAUCACAUUGCUCACACUGACUGAAUAUGAUCUUCGCUCUCCUCCUCUGGAAAUCAAAGUCCUAGGAGACAUUAAAAGGUUAAUGCUCUCAGUCAGAAAAUUGCAGAAAAUCCAUACUGAUGUUUUGGAGGAGAUGGGCUACAACAGUGACAGUCCUAUGAGUCCCAUGACUCCAUUCAUCAGUGCUCUUCAGAGUGCAGACUGGCUCUGUAAUGGAGAACCCACACACGACUGUGACGGACCCAUCACUGACUUGAAUUCUGAUCAGUACCAAUACAUGAAUGGCAAAAACAAACAUUCUGUUCGAAGAUUGGACCCAGAGUACUGGAAGACCAUACUGAGUUGCAUAUAUGUUUUUAUAGUAUUCGGGUUUACAUCUUUCAUUAUGGUCAUUGUUCAUGAGCGAGUGCCUGACAUGCAGACCUAUCCACCACUCCCAGAUAUAUUCUUAGACAGUGUUCCCAGGAUCCCGUGGGCCUUCUCCAUGACCGAAGUGUGUGGUGUGAUUCUGUGCUACAUUUGGAUCCUAGUUCUUCUUCUUCACAAGCACAGGUCAAUCCUUCUGCGAAGGCUCUGUAGUCUGAUGGGCACUGUAUUCUUGCUUCGCUGCUUUACCAUGUUUGUGACCUCCCUCUCCGUGCCAGGACAGCAUCUGCAGUGUACUGGAAAGAUAUAUGGAAGUGUGUGGGAGAAACUACACCGGGCGUUUGCCAUUUGGAGUGGCUUUGGUAUGACCCUGACUGGUGUUCACACUUGCGGAGAUUACAUGUUCAGUGGCCACACAGUUGUUCUAACCAUGCUGAAUUUCUUUGUCACAGAGUAUACACCAAGAAGCUGGAAUUUCUUGCACACUCUCUCCUGGGUUCUCAACCUCUUUGGAAUCUUCUUCAUCUUGGCUGCCCAUGAACAUUAUUCCAUUGAUGUGUUUAUUGCCUUUUAUAUCACAACAAGACUCUUUUUGUACUACCAUACUCUAGCUAAUACCAGAGCAUAUCAUCAGAGUAGGAGAGCGAGAAUUUGGUUUCCUAUGUUUUCUUUCUUUGAAUGCAAUGUUAAUGGCACAGUACCUAAUGAAUAUUGUUGGCCAUUUUCUAAACCAGCAAUAAUGAAAAGACUAAUUGGAUGAAGACUGUAUCUUUGUAAUGAGUUUGUUGUUAAAUAUACAGUAGUUAUGGAAUGAAAAUGAAUAACUUUGCUUUGUCCCCAGGUUGUUCUGGAUAUGUUGCAUUUUGGCUUAUAUGUUGACAGGUUUCCUGUUCUGAGCAAGGCUGUGACUAUAAAACUCAAGAAAGAGCAACCAAGGCUCCCUACCUCUCUGGUUGAACAGAGAGCUCAAGGAGAGAUUUUCUGCCCUUCCUUCACUGUAGGAAGACCCAGUGUGUAGGUGAUGUCAGGCCAUUACAUGUGCAUGUUAAGUGUUUGCUUACUGAACUCAAGCACAACUGCUUAGACUGGUUGAUUAAUUUCCAGUAGGACUCAAGUCAAGAAAUAUUUUUUUGAAGCUGUUAUCCUCCCCCUACCAAGUGAGCCAUUCUCACUUGUUCAUUGAACUAACCUGUGUCUGUGUGGAAAGUGAUUGUCUUACUGGUAAACCUUUGAACCAUUUUUAAGAAAAGCCUAUUGAACACAGCAGUUUGCAUGAAACAAGUAGAGAAUGCUAGGGGCCAUGUGUGAGGUGACACAUUCACUGGUCAGGUGUCACUGGCCUUCCCAUUAAUGCAAAUAUGGGGUCAGCAUUUUCACUGUAGUUGCAGUUCCUGUUUUGUUUUGAAGCUUCAGUGUGAAUAACAGUAAGGAUUUGUGAAGGAAAAAGGCUGUGCUCAUAAUAGUAAAGUGGUGUUGUUUGAGUGCUGUAAGUAUUGGAAUAAAUUUGUGUUGUAACAGUUAGUUAGGCAGAUGACAGCCCAAUAUAAUGUGUUUUUUAAUGAUGUGCUUUAGUGAGACAAAUAAGAGCGUUUUACUAGAUGUUAAAGUUCUUAUGUCACUAAAUAAGUAAAUGUGCAUGCGAAGAAUUCUUGUCUUCUAAUGAAAAAGAAAUCUACAGGUUGUAGGCAUAGUGUUAACUCUUUGGGGUGUUUUGGUUUGUUUUCCUAAAAGUUCUCAUUCUUGGCCAUUGAAAGUAAACACCAGACAUACUUGGACACAAAAAAACUUGCUACUUUUUAUUUUAAAAAAAUAAUUGUGUACAUAUAUUUCUAUAGUCUUAAUUUGGCAAUCAAGAACUAAAUAAAUUAGUAGCUGUUUACAUCAGAAAAUUACCAUCAGUAAUUAAUUUCACCUCUCAGAUACCAUUUGUUUAUUUUUUACCUCAGCCUGGUUGUAGAAUUGGAAAUUGAUCUUCAGCUUAAACAAGUAGUUUACUAAUUGUGUAGUUUUUACAUUCCGUUUUAAAAUAUGGACUUUGAAGAGGUGCUGGCAUACUGAGAAUACAGUUUGACCACUGCUGACACUUGGUCCUUCUCUGUUUGGGUGAAAUGCUUAUUAUUGUAGUUGGAAUCAUAGUCCCACCCUCCCUGAAGCUACAGGAGUGAAUUAGGCAGGAAGGGGAGAUUAGGCAAGCAGAUUUCAGCCCAUGCUGUACAACCUGAGUCUGCUGGAAACAUCAUUGAGAAAUGAUGUGAGGCAACUCAAGUUUAUUAUGUCUUUAAAAUCUUAUACUUCAGAAUCUUAUAGUAUUUUAAAGUAUUGAUUCUGUUACAAGCCAGGAUCAAAAACACCAAUAUCUCAUGUAAAGAAAUUACAUAAUCAUGGAGUGAAGGUUUUUUUGUGCUUGCUUGAGUGGUUUAACUUGAAGUCAAAGGCCAUUACUGCCCCUCCUCUUUAACACCCCCACCCCUGACAUAGCAGGACCCAACUUAUCUAGGGGAAGCUAGUAUUGGCUUUUGGGAGACUGUUCCAGAAACAUCUGUAUCAACCUUAGUUUUUAAAUGUUCACUACAUUAAUGGUGAAUGUCUUAACAUCAGGCUUCUCUCCUCCAUGUGGAUUCUAUUAUCGAGCAAAACAGGAAAGUAAAUGCCGCUAGCUUUGUGCAGUAUUGGUGGUGAGUGCCUGGCAGCAGCCUACAGUGUGGAUUGUGAGUGGCCUUGCAGUUACUCCCAUUUGUUUUAAGGAAAAGGUAAGCUGGAUUAUAACCUAUUAGCUAUUAUGAGACAGGGUUUACGUGAGUUAAUCAUCUUCAAGUCUCAAAACUGAGACAAAAUUAUUUUUCAGGUUUUGACUUCACACCUUUCCUCUUGUUGAAAUCUAACUGUAAUGAAGAUAAAAUUUAUGUUUACAUUUUGGGCAUGCUAUGGUUGGAGGGAGAGGCUCCAUGCUUUUUUGAACCUUGUGUUUGAUCCUGCAGUUGUACAAGGCUUUCAUCCUUGACAGCUUAGUACAGAAGGAAAGAAAGGGCUUGAGUUUGGGGAUGCAAAGUAGGGGUUCUGCGGGAAGUCCUGGUUGGAUUGCCUGUGUUCUAGAAACAGUAUUGUUGCCCUCCCUGUGGUGUUCAACCUGGGGCUGUGUGUGUGCCAAGCAAGUGCUCUGCUGUUAAGCUACAUCCUCGGCUCUCUGUGCUUUUAUGGGGCAAGGCAGAAUGUCUUUUUGAAAAGUGGUUAAGAGAGCAAUGAGGUUUUUUUGUUUGUUUGGUUUUUGGUUUUUCAAGACAGGGUUUCUCUCUGGCUUUGAAGCCUGUCUUUGGAACUCACUCUGUAGACCAGGCUGGCCUCGAACUCACAGAGAUCCCCCUGCCUCUGCCUCCCAAGUGCUGGGACUGAAGGCAUGUAUGUACCACCAAUGCUAGACUGAGAGGAACCAGGUUUUAAGGCGGAUUAGCUUGCAGUCAUCACCACAUACUUUGGCAGAAACCCUUUUUGUCUGUGUUGCAAUUCCCAAUGAGGUUAUCCUCCAGUUUUCUCUGAGCAGAAUUGCUAUGAAAAAUACUACUUUUAUAUGCUGGCUCUGCAUGUUAAUAGUCUUCCAACCAAGAAAAACUACUGCCAGGAGCAGUGGUAGCCCUACUCUAGCUGCCUGUGUUGUGACUGAGAAUUCGCAAAAAUCUGUAAUUUAUACGUGGAGAACAGAGGAGUGAAAUCCUUUUAUAGCAGAAAAGAAACAGUCUAUUUUAGGAACAUUUGUACAAAACCUUUUUUGUUGUGUUUGUUUUAUUUUGUUUUUUGAGACAAGGUUUCUCUGUGUAGCCUGGGCCGUCCUGGAAUUCAGUGUGUAGAUCAGGCUAGCCUUGAACUCAGGGAUCUACCUGUCUUUGCCUCCCAUGCUGGUAUUAAAUUCAAAAUCAUAACAUAAACCUGUUUUGUUAUAUUCAGCAAGAAGCAGUUUUAGCACUUAAAGAUUCUAGACCCACAGUGCUUAAGGAUGCUUCUGGCAUUCAUGAUUUAGACUCUGGUUUAAUAUACUUACUGAUUUGGUAGUCUUGUAGACAGGGAGUCCAUAGUGAAAGCAGUGAUGGUCUAGUGAGCUACCUGUCAGCCUUACCAUCUCAGACUUUAGAGACAAGAAAAUUCUUUAGAGUAGUUUACUUGCUUUUCUUCAUACAGUGAAAGCCACCAAAGCAUGUCAGUUUUCAUGACAAUUUUCCAUGACAGUUUGGACAGUUGAUGUUUAUUCAGAAGUGAACUUGGCCUCAGUCGCCCCUAUACCUCCGAAGCUGGGGAUUGUUAGAUCCCUGUAAAGCUCAGACAGCUUCAGCUGACCCAUGGGAAAAGAAGGGAUCUGUUUGUUUCUUCUCAUGGUGAAUAGCUUUACAUGAAUAAAUUAUUGUAGAAGGAGGUGUCGGUUUGCCUGUCAAGUCAGUGGCACUAAUUUCACAAAACUAAUGUGAUAAAUUAUUGUAUCAAGUUCAGCACAAAUAUCUAUGAACUCUGAGCUGUUUCUCCAGCUACAUUAAGUUGUUUUUGAGACACAUUCUACUGUAUGUGAAUCAAAGAACUCUUUAUUCACUGUUUUUCUUGUCUUGGCAUAAGGAAGCUUUGUGCUUUGACAGGAGAGGGAAUAUUAUGGAGUUGUUUUGGUCUUUUGUUUUUCAUUGUUAUUUCACAUCUCUUGUAAUCUGAACUACUGGAUUUUCUGAAGAACUAAACAGCCUGCUAUUAACAUCUUUAAAAUGUUUAACUUUAAUACCUUUUCAUUUGAAGAAUUCAUGGUUGGUAGGACAAUGAAAUGUUUCUGUGAUAUGAACAAAGGAAGUGAAGCUGGUACUCAGUGGAGAAGCAGUAUGCUAGACGAAACCAGGCUUCUUUAGUUUUGAGAUUUCUACCUAAAAGUCUCCCUGUCCACAGAGAAACUAGUGUUACUUGAAGAUAUGAAAAUUCUUGUGGUAGCCAUACCUUGAAGCACAGUGUUGUAUAUAAGUAAAUACCUGGUUCUAAAUUAAAUCCAGAUUUAACUAAUAUAUAUUAUUUUAUAUCUUUGUUGUAUUAAAAUGUUUAAAACACUAAAAAUAAAACAUUUGAAAGUUGA